AUGCUGGAGAGGCUAGCAAAUCAUCCAUAUUAUUGCUUCCUGGAUGGGUACUCUGGUUUCUUUCAGAUCCCAAUACAUCCCGAUGACCAAGAGAAGACCACAUUCACUUGUCCCUAUGGUACUUUUGCAUAUCGCAGGAUGCCAUUUGGACUUUGUAAUGCUCCUGCGACCUUUCAGAGAUGUAUGAUGUCUAUCUUUACAGACAUGGUUGAGGAUUACAUGGAGAUUUUCAUGGAUGAUUUCUCGGUUUAUGGGUCAUCUUUUAAUGACUGUCUUGACAACCUGUGCAAGGUGAUUGCUAGAUGUGAAGAGAAGCACUUGGUACUUAACUGGGAGAAGUGUCAUUUCAUGGUUAGAGAUGGUAUUGUGCUCGGGCACCGGGUUUCAGAAGCUGGUAUUAAGGUUGAUUGCGCGAAGAUUGAGGUGAUGACAAGUUUGCAACCGCCGGAUUCUGUGAAGUCAGUGAGGAGUUUUCUUAGACAUGUUGGUUUCAAUAGGCGGUUCAUCAAAGAUUUCAGCAAGAUUGCAAGGCCACUAACUGUUUUGCUUUGCAAAGAUGUGAAGUUUGAGUUUACUGCUGAUUGUGUUUCUGCGUUUGAACAUAUUAAGAAGGCUUUAGUGAGUGCUCCAAUUGUUCAACCGCCAGAUUGGGAUCUACCUUUUGAGGUGAUGUGUGAUGCUAGUGAUUAUGCUGUGGGAGCUGUUCUAGGACAGCGGAAGGAUAAGAAACUUCAUGCUACUAUGCUAGUAGAACACUUCAUGAGGCACAGAAGAACUAUGCAACAACCGCGAAAGAGCUUUUUGUUGUGGUUUUUGCUUUUGAGAAGUUUUAUUCUUAUUUGGUGGGAGCGAAGGUGUAGUGUCGAUCAACACUUAGGUGUAGUGUCCAUCGACACCACUACUGGUGUCGAUCGUCACCCUUGGAUUUUCGAACCAGAAUCCGAUUUUGACGAGGAAUUGGCUGCUGUUGGGACUUCUAAUCAUCUGUGGUAUGCUGAUAUUGCGAAUUAUCUUGCUGCAAGCCUGACAAGUUUAAAGGUGUACAUUCUAGUCGCUGUUGACUAUGUCUCUAAGUGGGUGGGAGCUAUUGCUAGUCCGAAGAAUAAUUUUUCAGUGGCUCUUAAGCUGUUUAAGACCAUUAUAUUCCCUAGAUUUGGAGUGCCUCGGAUUGUUAUAAGUGAUGGUGGAUCUCACUUUAUUAAUAAGGUUUUUGAGAAGGUUCUGCAAAAGCAUGGUGUUCAACACCGUGUGGCUACCCCAUAUCACCCUCAGACAAGCAGACAAGUGGAAGUCUCUAACCGGCAAAUCAAGGUGAUUCUUGAGAAAACAGUUGGUCCAACAAGAAAGGAUUGUUCAGCCAAGUUAGAUGACGCGCUAUGGGCAUACCGGACUGCAUAUAAGACACCACUUGGGACUACACCUUUCCAUCUACUUUACAUGAAAGCAUGUCAUCUACCAGUGGAGCUUGAGUACAAAGCAACAUGGGCAGUCAAGAAGCUGAAUUUCGACAUUAAAGCUGCUGCUGAGAAACGGCGAAACGAGGUCGCGGCGGAGCAAGGUCUUCUUCACUUCCGCCGGCUCCGGCGUGCUCCGGCGACUUCUGAGCAAACUCCAGCGAGUCCUCCCACCUCUCCUCGGGUCCUAUCUCGUCAUCCAUGGCCAAAGAGAGAAGGUUUGAGAGUCACUCCUCUAAGAGUUUUUGCAGAUGAUCCAAAGACGGAAUUUACGAAGGAAGAGUACAUCAACAGACGGAUUUCAGUGGAUCGGGAUGACUAUGAUGGGAAAACGGCUAAUUCCCCAUGA